AUGCAGAAGGCUGCAGCAGCAGAUGGCGCUGCAGCAGGAGCAGCAGCCUCCGCAGCAGCAGCAGAGUCGACCCCGCAGCGGAACUGCUCGAACGACACCCUACUGAGGCAGGAAG